AUGGGUCAUCUUUACAGACGGCCAUCCACUUUACAGAAGCGACAGUACCGCCAUGGGUAUACGGCUACCUUUAUCCCGUUACCGACAGCCAUUCCUCAUACAGAAGCUGGCCAUAACACUUUGGGACAGAAGCUGUGUCAGUACCCUCAUACCGAUGGGUAUAGUGGCUACUCUUUAUUUAUCCUGUUACCGACAGCCAUAACACACUUUGUGGCUCGACCGUUACCGACAGCCGUGUCAGUACCUCUGUGGUACCUCAUACCGAUGGGUAUAGUGGCUACUCUUUAUCCGUUACCGACAGCCGCAACACACUUUGCGACAGAAGCUGUGUCAGUACCUCAUACCGAUGGACGGCCAUACCUCCAUACCACGAUGGGUGGUGGCUACUCUUUAUCCGUUACCGACGGCCUGCUUUGCGACAGAAGCUGUGUCGGUACCUCAUACCGAUGGGGUAUAGUGGCUACUCUUUAUCCCGUUACCGACAGCCGCCAACACACUUUGCGACAGAAGCUGUGUCGGUACCUCGCUACCGAUGGGUAUAGUGGCUACUUUUAUCCGUUACCGACAACCAUAACACACUUUUGCGACAGAAGCUGUCGGUACCUCAUACCGAUGGCCAUAACACACUUUAUGACAGAAGCCACAGUACCCCCACCGAUGGGUGGCUGUGUCAUAACACACUUUGUUCCUCAUACCGAUGGGUAUAGUGGCUACUCUUUCCCGUUACCGACAGCCAUAACACACUUUGCGACAGAAGCUGUGUCGGUACUCAUACCGAUGGGUAUAGUGGCUACUCUUAUCCAGAAGUUGCCAGUGUUACCGAUCCCGUCGACAGCCAUAACACACUUUGCGACAGAAGCUGUGUGUCAGUACCUCCAUACCGAUGGGUAUAGUGGCGGCCAUAACUUUAUCCCGUUAGUACCGAUGGGUAUAGUGGCCAUAAAACGCUUUGCGACAGAAGCUGUGUCGGUUCCUCAUACUGAUGGGUAUAGUGGCUACUCUUUUAUCCCUUUAUCAACAGUUACCUUUGACAGCCGCCAACCGACACUUUAUCCUGUUACAGACAGAACAGAAGCUGUGUCAGUUCCCUCAUACCGAUGGGUAUAG